AUGGGAAAGAUACGGGCAAAAUAUCUAACCUAUAACAGGUGUGAGGCUGAAGACGUCGACGGUAAGGAACUCUUUCUGGAUUUCGCCGGAAAACUGCUUCUCAAUGCUGUUCUCGAUGGUUCCUCCAGCCAAAUUCAAGAUCGUCUUCUUCUGGCAGCUUUCGUGGUCUUCGUAGCGGAUCACGUCGAAGAGUGGCUUGGGAGAUCCUUCGAGGCGGCCAUCAGCGUCUCCUUGAGGACGAUUCAAGGACGAAAAGCGUGA